UGUAUUGAUUGAUUUAAAUAAUAUUUGAUUAACUGAUGUUUUUUUUGACAAUUUAAAUUCAUUUGAAAAUUAUUAUUCAAUUUGAAUUAAAUUUUUCAUUCAUCUCAUUCAAUGGUGAUUACAAUUAACCUAUUUGAUUUGAGAUACAAUUUGAGUUGAUUAAAUUGCUACAAAUGAAUUGACUAAAUUGUCACUGAUGACAAUUUAAUAAUCAUAUAAAUUGUUGUUUACAAUUAUUGAUUGAUUGAAAUUGAAUAUAUUUCCAAUGAUUAGAAUUGAUUUCUCAUUUUCACCAAGUUUUAAUCGUUCAACAUUGAUGAUGAAGUUAAUCACAAUUGGAUUUAUAUUAAUCGGUUCAAUUUUUUCAACCUCAUCUAAUUACUUUAAUUUCAAACAAUUAGCUGAUUAUGGGUUGAUUUCAGAAAACAAUUACUGGUGUCAAAUUUAUAACGAUUGUAAUGUUUUACCUUACAAGGUUUGCCUAAUUGUCGGUAAUCAAACUAAAUCAGUGAUUCCUUUGAUUAAUGACAAUUUAACUGAUCAUGAUGGACAAUCAACUUUAUGGAAGUGUAAAUGUUGUGUUGUUAAGGGAACCAAUAUUUUAAUUCUUAGGAGCCUUUGGUUUGAAGCAAUUAAACAAUUAAAUGAAUUAAAUUACAAUUCCAAGGAUAAGGAUAACCCAAUGUUAACCAUAACAGUUUCAUCAACAGAAUCAUCAUCAUCAUCAACGGAACAAUCAAGGUCAACAAAUUAUGAUUCAGUGUCAAUUGAAAUAAUUAACAGUGAUAAUAGUGAUUUGUUGAUCAAUACAACCUCGAGUAAAUUUUUUCAAUUCAAUUUAUCAACUGAUUUACAAUCAACAAUCACGGAGGAAACUGAUCAAUUGGAUUCAAUAACAACUGAACCAAGUGAUGACCCUGACAAGAUAAUCGCCGGAAAAUUGUAAUCGUUGAUUGUUGAUUUAAUUGAUUAUCACUUUGAUCACUGGAAAGUUCUGUCUGGUCAAUCAGUUAAUUAUAAAGGUUUAAUUGUUGACACGGUAAUUAUGGUGAUUAAGAUUGUAUUAGAUACAAAUUGUAACAGUUUCAAUGUUUUCACCAAUAAACUUUCAACUUUUUCACCAUAAACGGAAAAGUUUCAAUUCAAA